AUGGACGCCUUCUCCGGGUACAACCAGAUCAGGAUGGCACCCGAAGAUCAAGAACAUACAGCCUUCCUCACCGAGCAAGGGAUAUAUUUUUACAAAGUUAUGCCGUUCGGGUUGAAAAACGCCGGGGCAACCUACCAGAGGACGGUGAACAGGAUGUUCGCCCACCAGAUCGGACGAAACAUGGAGGUGUACGUCGACGACAUGAUCGUAAAGAGCCGAACGACGGAGGCUCAUCCUUCCGACCUGGCAGAAACAUUCGACACUCUGCGGAGGUUCGGCCUGCGCCUCAACCCCGCCAAAUGCGCCUUCGGCGUGACCUCGGGAAAAUUCCUCGAAUUCAUCAUACACGAGAGAGGGAUCGACGCCAACCCGGAAAAGAUACAGGCCAUCAUUGACAUGCAGCCUCCUCGGACGAUCAGAGACCUACAGCGCCUUAACGGGAGGCUAGUCGCUUUAUCGCGUUUCCUCUCCCGAUCGGGAGAUCGCUGCCACUCUUUCUUCCAGGCCCUGAAGGAUCCGAAGAACUUCCGAUGGACGGCGGAAUGCGAGAGGGCCUUCGAGCAGAUGAAGCUACACCUGGCCAGCCUCCCUCGACUCGCUUCGGUCUCCCCGGGGGAGAAGUUGAGCCUCUACCUUGCCGUCUCCCGGCACGCAGUCAGUUCGGUUCUAGUCAAAGAAAUCUCCGGCGAUCAACUGCCGGUCUACUCCGUCAGCCACAUGCUGAGCGGGCCAGAAGAACGCUACCCGCCGAUCGAAAAGCUGGCGCUGGCGCUCGUCCUGUCGGCACGGAAGCUCCGCCCUUACUUCCAGGCCCACCCGAUAGAGGUAAUAACUGAUCAGCCGCUUCGGCUUGUUCUGUCCAAAUUCGACGUUGCAGGGCGUCUCCUCAAAUGGGCAGUGGAGCUCGGCGAGCAUGACAUACAGUACGUACCUCGGACCGCCAUCAAAGCCCAGUCCGUGGCAGACUUCAUUGCGGAGCUGACCCCGAAUACAGGCGAAGAACUCGAGCCACCGCGUGACACGUGGACCCUCCACGUAGAUGGCUCGGCCAACGCAAAAGGCGCCGGCGCGGGGCUGGUACUGGUAACACCUGACGGCCGCUCGAUUGAGCGCUCCUUCCACUUCGGGUUCAGGGCCACCAACAACGAGGCAGAAUACGAGGCUCUCCUGGCGGGGCUCCAGUUGGCAUUAGAAAUGCGGGUGACCGACAUACGCGUCAUCACCGACUCACAGCUGGUGGCUAGGCAGCUCGACGGCGAAUACGAGGCCCGAGACCCGACUAUGGCGAAAUACCUAGCACAGGUAAGAAGCCUUGCCGCCAGGUUCGCCCAUUUUGAAUUGUCGAAUGUUCCCAGGAGCGAGAACCAGCGAGCCGACACCGUGGCUAAACUGGCGUCCGGCCCGGCUCCCUGGGCUCGGCCCGAGACCGAAGAACUCCCCCGCCGAGCCAUAGAGGUCGUCGCCACCGUCGCUCACGGCGCGCCGGCCACUUGGGUACAGGAGAUGUUACGCUUCAAGCAGGACGGGACCCUACCCGACAAUACAACUACAGCUCGGCGCUUGCGUCGGACGCAGGCGUGGUACACCGAGGAAGGAGGACGGCUGUACAAGCGGUCCUUCUCGCGCCCCUUGUUGCGCUGCCUGGAGCCGAGCGAAGCCUGGACGGUUCUGUCCGACAUGCACGAAGGGGCCUGUGGGGAACACAUAGGCGAACGAGCCCUGGCGCACAAGGUACUCCGACAGGGGUACUACUGGCCGACCAUGCGCCAGGACGCAAAAGCUCUCGUGCGGCGGUGCAGCUCAUGCCAGGAGCACGCCCGCACCGCCCGACGGCCGGCGGUCCUAUGGGUCGAAGCCGAGCCCCUAGCAACCAUCACGGAGUCGCAAGUGGAAAGGUUCGUGUGGAGAAACCUCAUAACUCGUUUCGGCCUGCCCCAGUCCAUCGUCACCGACAAUGGACCUCAGUUCGCCGGCAGGAAAUUCUAG